AUGGCGCGACAAAGGGCGAUCUUGAAAUAUCGUGAACGACACCACGCGAAAUUAAGCCAAGGCAUCGACCCCGAGAGUGAUGGUAAAUCAACCAUACUAUCAGAAACAGUUGCAACGGAAUUUGUCAAAGAGAUACCCGGCCAAUCAAGCGACAUGGUUUCCGAAGCUGGUGCAUCUGAAACUUCAUACGGAGGCACCCUCCUCGAGGGCACUGGUGCAGAUGCCCCCAGAAUACCACCUAUCCCAAAGAACGGCAUGGACCAGACGCCCUUUGAAUGUCCAUUUUGCUUUUACAUCAUUACGGUUCGAGACAAGAGAGCGUGGGCGCGCCAUAUCUUCCGCGAUCUGAUGCCGUAUGUCUGCAUCUUCCCAGGAUGCUCGACUCCCAACAAGCUUUACGGUGGCCGUCGACAAUGGUACCAUCAUAUCCAUCAGACACACGCUCCAACCUCGGGCACAGAUGAUACAUUUGACUGCUCAAUUUGCAAGGAGUGCUCUCUUCCCGCUGUCACGUUUCAGCGACAUGUGGGUCAACACUUGGAAGAGCUUGCGCUCUUUUUGCUGCCACGAACAUACGAAGACGAGGAUGAAAAAGUGGCGGAUGAGAACAUUUCUAACGUAUCCCUGGGCAAUCUUUCAAUGGAACUGGGUAGUGAUGACAGGAUACACCGCUACUCCAUUUUAGAAGAGGACGAUCCCUCGAGAGAGCCACAAUAUAAAAGCAAGCACUAUACAUCCUCAGUUGGAGCAAGUUUGAGUGACGAGGAGCCCGCGAGGGAUCUGGAUUUCAAAGAGGGGCAUGCCUCGUCGCCUCCUCACAGCGACGGCGAUGAUUUCGAACCCGAUCGCAGCUAUGCGACACUCAACCCGGAUCUAGUUGAUUUCUAUAAAGGGCAGGGUUCUAAUCGUGGCUACAGCAUCGGUGAGCCUGAGAGAGUCGACACGAGCCCACAAUCCGAUAUGCAUGAGUCUCAGCUCCCGCUCAGAGAGCCAGAACAUGAAAAGAGUACUCUCAAUGUUGAGGAACUGACUAGAGAAAGUGUACGAGAGGCAGAGGCUGGCAACGAGAAGCGGUCAAAGGAGUUGGCCAUGAAGGCUGCUGCUGUUGCUGAGUGGGAGCUGGAAAAAGAGCGCAUAAAUCAGGCGCAAGCUGAUGCGGCCGCCGCUAAAGCUGCUGCUGAGGCUGCUGCUGCUGAGCAGUGGAAGCUGGAACUGGAACGCGCCAAGCAGCGCGAGGCCGCCGCUACUGCUGCGAAGCUCAAGGGAUACCACGAUUAUCUGCGCGAGAUCGGAGUGACCGAGGAGGACAUGGCAGAUGUGGAAGAUGAGGCGGAUGAGGAGGUUCGGGACGAGGAUACACGAAAAGCCCACGAGGGCUUGGAGGACAUGGAGAAGGCCUGGAAAUCGACAAUGCCGGAGACGCAAGUCGGACGCGGAGAAGAAGAGAUGCGAGAGAAGAUUAUCCAGGAGAUUGAGGAUGAGGGAAUACACGCCAACAAGACCGAGGAAAAGGGGAAAGAGUCAAAGCCUGGGAUCAUGAGUGAUCCCAUUGACCCUGAGACAAAACGCCAGCCUGGGAAUCUGCCCCCUUACGUUACAGAUGUCCUGCGUGCUUGGUUUCGUGAACAUCUUGAUCACCCUUAUCCAAGUGAGGAGGACAAGCAGAUGCUCAUGAGGCAAACCGGGCUUUCAAUUACUCAGACUAGCAAUUGGUUUAUCAAUGCGCGUCGGGGACAACUGGCUGCUUUGCGUAGUCAGAUGAGGAGUGGUACAGAUGACGAAUCUCAUCAGUCUUCAAACAGUGACAUGGAUGCGGACUUGAGGCAGGGACAAGAACGUCCUGAGCAGGGGGAGGCUGACAUGACCGCAGCCAAGACCAAGGAGUCCCAAGACGAACGAACGUACCGUGUGUGGUAUUGCUGCAGCUGCAAUUUCGGGCCUCACAAUUCGUCAUUGCAUCAGACUUGCAUUAAUUGUGGACAUCCCCGCUGCUCUCGAUGUCCUCUCGAUGUCACACGUGAAGCCCCACAGGCAUCGGAAAACACAUCCAAAAGGCGCAGAUACUACCAAGAUGAUAAUCAAGAAGGGGAGGGGGAAGGGGAAGAGGAGAAAAAAACCGUGACUUGGAUCAAGACCCACCGAAAACACCUGCUGCCGGAAACCUUGUUGGCCUACCAUCUUCCUUGGGAUUGGGACCAGAACGAUACCGAUUACAUCAUUAUCAAGACUUGGAUCAGCGAGGAGUUUCAGGAGGAGCUCUUUGCCCACACUCGUCGCAUCCGCGAGGGCAAGCUCGACGACCAGCUUUCUGACCGCACGCCUGAGAUCAAGGCCAGGGAUUAUUCGGUGCAUUUUAUUGGCCAACGAGGGUCUGAUCGAAGUGUAUGA